AUGUCUGUUCCCCUCAGAUACACAACACUGGAGAAGAGCAGAAAGAUGCAAGAGGAGAAGAAGAUGAAGAUGAAGAAGGGUUGGUUGGCUGUUACAGUUGGAUUGGAGGAUGAAGAAGGUGGGUUGCAGAGGUUUGUGAUCCCCAUCUCCUAUCUCUAUCACCCUCUCUUCAAGAGGUUGCUUGAGAAGGCUCAAGAGGUUUAUGGGUAUCAUUCCACCGGCCCUCUGAGGCUGCCUUGUUCUGUGGACGAUUUCCUUCAUCUUCGAUGGCGCAUUGAGAGGGAGAGCAAUUCCCAUCAUCACCAUAGCCACAGUAGCUCUUUUUCCUUCCACAGUUGUUGA